CUCCUCACUUCCAUUGAGAAAAUAAGGGAAGCCCCCUCCCCACCCCCAGAAAAAAAAGCCUCAUCAAGAAAAAAAACAGCCUCCACCACCCCCGCCGGAAACGCAUCCCAUUCCAACAGCACCAACAACGCAUCAACCCCCCGAAAAAGAAAAGAAAUUUAUCAUGAGUAGUAGUGGCCAUAGCCAUAACCACACUCAUCACAUUUCGACGACAACCACAACACCGUCAACAAAAGGCAACGGCAACACGCAGGCUUGCGCUGCGUGCAAAUACCAGCGCAGAAAGUGCGCCCCCGACUGCAUUCUAGCCCCUUACUUCCCCCACGACCGCCAGCGCCAGUUCCUUAACGCUCACAAGCUCUUUGGCGUCAGCAACAUCACGAAAAUCAUCAAACACCUUGACCAGCCCGACAAGGAUGAGGCCAUGCGCACCAUCAUCUUCCAGUCUGACGUUCGCGCCAAUGAUCCUGUUGGUGGUUGUUACAGAAUCAUUCGCGAGAUGCAGCGCUUGAUCGAGUACAACAAGGCUGAGCUCGACAUUGUUCUUCACCAGCUAGCCAUAUGCACAGCUCAGGCACAACAAGUUCAUCAACAACAACAUCAAAACCCGAUUCAAAUGCCGGAAAUCGGAGAUCAAAACACGUGCGAUCUGUUGAUUAACGGGGAUCCUUUGAGCUUGUGCGGCAACCCAAUGGGGCAUUUCCAUUACAUUCAACAACCUCAGCCUCCUCACCAUGCAGUUACACUGCAGCAAGAACAACCGCACGAACAACAACUGUCUUAUGUGUUUGUUCAAAACAACGCUAACAGCAACAAUAACAGUGACAAUAAUAAUGGGGGCCCACAUGUACAUCCACAUCAUCAACAUUUGCACGAAGAUGUGAGCAUGUGGGCAAUGCAGGAUUCAAUGUCUUCCUUGGAUAUCAAGCAAUGUGGUGGUGGGAUGAAUGGGAUUGCCAAUGGAUGUGAGGAUUUGAAACCGUUCCUUGAUCAGAUGGGUUGUGGUGAUGAUCAUGAGAGAAAUAAUGGGGAGGUUGUCGAUAUUAACGGUGAUCAUCAACACAGGUUUGUAGUGACAAAGACAGAAUUACUUAUGUCUUCCUAAUGUUUUUUUUUUCUUCAUCUUUUUAUUUUUUAUUUUUAAAUCGAGGGUGAUAGUUGGGUUAGAUUUGAGGGUAAAUUUUUUUACCACUUGAGCUAGAAGCCCCUGCGUGAUUUUCAAUCGAAUGUAGCUAUUCUUCUUUGCGAUUUAAGAAAUGAGUCAAUAAAAUGACCCCUUUUCCCUUUUUUUUUAAUUAAAAAAAAACAAAAAACAAAAAAUUCAAGAUCCAAAGAUAAUUAAACUAGUGGGACAGAUAUAUUUAUUUAGCAUUACUCUUGCGUUUGAACGAAAAGUUUGGACAACUAAGCACUCGAGAUCCUUCAAUCAAUGCUUGAACGCCCUCUGCCCUUGAGAACCGUUCGAAGCCCUUCGAGUGGUUAAAAUUCUAAGAGUUGAGAAAAGAAUGGGAAAGUCUCAUACAAAAUUCAUCCUCCUCCUUGUCACUUGCUAAUCUUAAUUAAUUAAUUAAGUUGUAACUUGAAAUUGCAGUGAGGAAGCAUUGUUAAGGGUAGAUAGAGCGAGUUGAACAGAAGAAGGUGAGUUAGCAAGCUA